AUGUAAUUCUAUUUUUAAAAUUAAUAAAAUAAUUGUGUAGCCCUUUCCUUAUAAUUUCCUCGCCAUUCUCAACGAAAAGGUUUUUAGGGCUUUUCUAACUUUUCUGAUUAUUUUUUGAUAAUCCGGAGUUCAAUCAUCUAAAAGAAGCCCUAAAAUCCUUGAAUCAGGUCUGAGCUUGUGGUUUGUUAGGCCUCUUUAAUCAAACUAAGUUUCAUGUCUGAUCUUGACGUUCAAAUUCCUACUGCCUUUGAUCCCUUUGCUGAUGCAAAUGCUGAGGACUCAGGUGCGGGUGCAAAGGAGUAUGUGCAUAUUCGUAUUCAGCAAAGGAAUGGUCGCAAAAGCCUGACAACUGUCCAGGGGUUGAAGAAAGAAUUCAGCUAUAACAAGAUACUUAAAGACCUGAAGAAGGAGUUUUGCUGCAAUGGGACCGUGGUCCAGGACCCUGAAUUAGGACAGGUGAUUCAACUUCAAGGUGACCAGCGUAAGAAUGUAUCAACCUUCCUUGUUCAGGCUGGCAUAGUGAAGAAGGAAAACAUCAAAAUCCACGGUUUCUAAGCCUGCGCGGUGGAAGCAGGAAAUACUAUCUGAUUAGGACAUAUCUUAUGUUGGUUGGAUGACAAAGUAUGCACGUUGUGUUACAUGUGCUUUCCAGUUCAGUGGAUGAUUAUGAUAUGUUUGGAAGUUUGUUUGGCUAUGUUGCUUAUAUUAGACCUUUAUAUGUGUUGAAAUAUUGUGUGGUUUGGUGCUUAUUUUGGCAAUUAGUAUGGGUGAAGAAAAAUGAGAUGUAGUAAUUAGAGAUGUAAUUAGCCGAGCUGGAUCUCUACAAUCACAAGCUUGAUACUGGUUGGAUUGACUAGUAAAAUGAUAAAAGAUUGGACAUGAUGAUAUUUCAUAUUAAUCCCAAGAAUGAUGCUAUAAUUAAAUUAA